AAACCCUUCGCCAUAGUAUGAUUAGUAAACGCGGCUACUGAUCGUCCGUCACAUCAGCUCCGCAAUACCGGCAAGGAGACAAACAGGAAACUAUAACUUAAAGACAGCUGUAAGAGUUUAUUUCUUUGUAUGAAACGAGUGUAUUCCUGUUAUUGUACUGGACUAAGUUACCUGUUUUAAUUAUCUCACCUAUUUUGCCGCGGAGACAAUGCUUCAGUGUCUAUCGGGAGGUUCGUGUGUGCGUGUCAUAGAAGGUUACAGGUCUACGUGGUAUUUUGUGGUCUUGGUGCUGGCGUAUGUGGUGUAUCUGAUAUUGGGGGCUUUAGUGUUUUCCGCGGUUGAACUGCCGUAUGAGGAGAAGCUUCGACAGGAGCUUCGGGCCGUGAAGCAGCAGUUUCUAGAUGACAAUGAAUGUCUGUCCGAUGAAAGACUUGAGGAGUUUCUGGCUAAAGCAUUAGAGGCGAGUAAUUACGGUGUGUCGGUUCUCAAUAAUGCCUCCAUUAGCUGGAACUGGGAUUUCACAUCUGCACUCUUCUUUGCCAGCACUGUGCUUUCCACGACAGGGUAUGGCCACACCGUUCCUCUGUCGGAUGGGGGUAAGGCCUUCUGCAUCAUUUACUCAGUGGUGGGAAUCCCAUUCACCCUGCUGUUCCUGACUGCGGUGGUCCAGAGGAUCAUGGAGUUCAGUACCCGCAGGCCUGUGGAGCAUCUGCACCGGCGCUGGGGCAUGUCCAAACCUCUGCUGGCCGGCCUGCACGCUGCCCUACUGGCCAUUAUUACCAUCUCCUGCUUCUUCCUUAUACCUGCCAUCAUCUUCUCAGUACUGGAAGAGGAGUGGAAUUUCCUAGAGUCCUUCUAUUUCUGCUUCAUCUCUCUUAGUACUAUUGGCUUGGGUGAUUAUGUGCCAGGAGAGGGCUACCACCAGAGGUUCAGAGAACUCUAUAAAUUGGGCAUUACCUUCUAUCUGAUAUUGGGCUUGAUCGCGAUGUUGGUGGUUCUGGAAACCUUCUGUGAACUUCAGCAGCUGAAGAAGCUCAGGAAGAUCUUCUACAUAAAGAAACAAAAAACAGAGGACCAGCUUAACAUCGUGGAUCAUGAUCACCUCUCCUUUGCCUCUGUGUCUGACCCGGCAUCCUCAUUUAGAGAGGAUAAGACUGAUCUGUUUCCUGACGAAAUGGUCUCCACCUCACCUACUCCUACCUCUAAUGGACCAAUGGACCAAUGAGGCAUCCUGAAAUUCUGUAUCUAGAACCCGACACAUCAAUGUUUCUGAAGCACCUCCACUAAGAGCAUAAAUGUA